AAUGGGGUGCACAAGCCUGGUGAUGUGAUUCUCGGUGGGUUGUUUGAGGUCCACUACACCUCAGUCUUCCCUGAACUGACGUUCACCUCAGAACCACAUCAGCUCAGCUGCCAAGGCUUUGAUACUCCAGGGUUCAGGCACGCCAUGACCAUGGCUUUUGCUAUUGAUGAGAUCAACAAAAACUCCAACCUGUUAACUAACGUGACUCUGGGAUACAGUCUUUAUGACAACUGUGCCACACUUGUAAUCGGAUUCAGUGCUGCAUUGUCAUUGGCCAGUGGUCGAGAAGAGCAGUUUCUGCUUCAGGACACCUGUUUGGGGACCCCUCCAGUUCUGGGGAUUGUGGGUGAUUCCAUCUCAACAUUCUCGAUUGCCACCUCUGAUGUGAUAGGCUUAUUUAGACUGCCCAUUGUGAGUUACUUUGCCACAUGCUCCUGCCUGAGUAACAGGGGAAGGUUUCCAUCCUUCUUUAGAACAAUCCCAAGUGAUGCUUUCCAGGUUCGUGCUAUGAUUCAGAUUCUGAAACGCUUUGGCUGGACCUGGGCAGGUCUGCUGGUCAGUGAUGAUGACUAUGGACUCCAUGUUGCGCGAUCCUUUCAGUUGGACUUGACUCAGUCUGGUGAAGGUUGUCUGGCCUACACAGAGAUUUUGCCCUGGGGUGACAACCCAGCUGAACUAAAGAGGAUUAUUGAAGUGAUGAAGAAAUCUACAGCUCGUGUGGUCAUUGUGUUCGCACAUCGGAUCCACAUGAUUCAACUAAUGGAGGAGGUAGUGAGGCAGAAUGUGACAGGCCUGCAGUGGAUGGCCAGUGAAGCAUGGACAGCAGCUACUGUGCUCCAAACCCCCCGACUCAUGCCAUAUCUGGGUGGCACACUGGGAAUUGCCAUUCGCCGAGGGGAAAUACCAGGACUCAGGGAUUUUCUGUUGAGAAUACAUCCUGACCUGUAUGACAAUGAAAAUUUUGGCCAUAGCUUGGUUAGGCAGUUUUGGGAGCACACUUUUCAGUGUAGAUUUGCUCCACCUCCAGCAGGUUGGGUAGAGGCUGGGGGAGAAGUGUGCACUGGUGAUGAAGACCUAGAGAGUGUGGAGACUGAACUUUUGGAUGUUUCCAACCUCAGGCCUGAGUACAACAUUUACAAGGCUGUGUAUUCUCUGGCAUAUGCCCUUGAUGACAU